AUGGAUGAAACAGGAAGUCUCCAAUCAGAAAAAUCGUUGGAAGUCGUUACAAAUGUUACAAGUGGGGUAAACACUAAAAAAACCAAAAAAUUCAUGGUACCUGGAAAUGGAAAUCAAGGCUUUGCAAAACGUCAUAAAUCUAUUCAAGACGGAAAACUCUUGGUAAUGUCCGGACCGAUUUUUUGCGAUAUAUUUAUGAUGGAACGAUUACUACUUAGUAUGGUAGAUCUCAAAGUAGUCCUAAACCGAAACUCAGACAAAUUCUGUUUGAUGGAUAAAAAUGCCAAUCCUAUCAAUGCUAAAAUAAAACUUGUGGAUGUAACUCUUAAAGUACGUAAAGUUAAAGUCAAUGAAACCAUCACUAAAGCACAUGAACUAGCACUGAAAUCGGUACCAGCUACUUAUCCUAUACAACGCAUGGAAUGUAAAGCAUUCACCAUACCGGGAAACAUUCCACAAAUAAGAAAAGAUAAUAUGUUUGCCGGAAUCAUUCCCAAGACAUUUGUUUGCGGUUUUGUGGAUGCUGACGCUUUUAGUGGAGUUCUCACGAAAAACCCAUAUAACUUUAAACACUUCAACGUAUCAUCGGUGACGUUAACAGCAAAUGGUGAAGAAAUACCAUUUAAACAACUUGUCCUUAACUAUAAAGAUAACAAGGAAAAUUUCAUUCAAGCAUAUAACACAUUAUUCUCGGGUACAGGAAAAAUGAAUUAUAAUACCGGUCUUAAUAUCUCAAGAGAGGAUUAUUACAAAGGAUUUACCCUCUACGCAUGGGAUCUCACCCCAGAUAUGUGUGGUGCCUCGCCCUAUUUUAACACAGUGCAACGAGGUUCAUUGACACUUGACAUUACGUUUGCUGCAGGGGAUGUUCCAAGUGCCCCUAUUUCCUUGGUAUGUUAUGAAGACUUUGAAAAUGUUGUACAAAUAGAUUCGGAAAGAAACGUAAUCUACGAUAUCUCUACAUGA